UCCAGCAGCCGCCUCCGCUCCUGCCAGGACACCAAAACCCCCCGGAUUUUCCCCAAAAUCAUGGCAAAGUUUCUGUCCCAGGAUCAAAUUAACGAGUUCAAGGAAUGUUUUUCCCUGUACGACAAGAAACAAAAGGGGAAGAUCAAAGGCUCGGAGCUGCUGGUGGUGAUGCGGUGCCUGGGAGUCAGCCCCACGCCAGGGGAGGUGCAGAGACACCUGCAGCUGCACAGGAUCGACAGGAACGCGGAGCUGGAUUUCUCCACCUUCCUGACCAUCAUGUACCGGCAGCUGCGGCAGGAGGAGCCGGCCCGGGAGAUCCUGCGGGCGCUGGCGCUGCUGGACCCGCAGCGCACGGGGGCGAUCGCCGAGCCCGAGCUGAGAGCCAAACUCACCGUGCUGGGAGAGAAACUGGCCCGGGAGGAAGUGGAUGAUCUGCUGAAAGAUGCCAAGGUUGGGCCCAACGGCACCAUCAGAUACGAGGAGUUUGUGCAGCAGCUCUGCCUCCCUUCGGUGGAUUACUGA